AUCACCGCUUUCCUGGAAGACAUGGAUAAGUUGAGUGGGAGCAAUGACACGGUGCUGAACAGCUCCAUAGACAAAUGGUCGUAUAGUGAUCACGGCUUGUUCCGGCACCUGGACCCCAGUGAGCUCCGGGUUUUGGUGCCGGCCGUUCUGGGAGUCAUCUGCGUCUUGGGUGUGGCGUGCAAUCUGACGGCGAUGGUCAUCCUCUUCUCGAACGCGCACAAGGGCAAGCUGUCCCUCAUCAACUCCCUCAUCUUCAACCUGAUGUUCGCCGACGGGCUGGUGCUGCUGUUCAGCGUGCCGUUCAGGGCCGCCUCCUACUCCAGGGCCGGCUGGAAUCUGGGCUGGCUGGUGUGCAAGACGGCCGACUGGUUCCUCCAGUCCUGCAUGGCGGCGAAGAGCUUCACCGUGGCCAUCAUGGCCAAGGCUUGCUACCGCUACGUGUCCAACCCGACCAAGCAGGUCAGCAUCCACCUGGGCUCCAUCCUGGUGGUGCUCUUCUUCAUCUGGGUGUCUGCCUGCCUGAUCACCAUCCCUCACUGGCUGUUCGCCACGCUGCAGAGAGAGAUCCGCGGGCUGGUGUGCGUGCUGUUUGUUCCUCCCCAAGCCCGGGAUUUCAUGUCUGUUUAUGUCAAGGCGUACCCCCUGGGAGUCUACUGUGCACCUCUCAGCUUCGCCUUGAUGUACUUCUGGAAGGCUUACGGCCAGUGCCAGCGCCGCUCCAGCAAGACCCAGAAUCUGCGCACGCAGAUCCGAUCCAGGAGACUCACCUUGAUGCUCUUCAGUCUGACGGUGGCCAUGGCCAUCCUCUGGCUCCCUCAGUGGGUGGUGUGGGUUUGGGAGCAUCAUAUAGCGGAGAAAGAAAUCGAAGGAGCCCAGCCCCUUCUCUCCUCUCCCCCUCUUCUCCUGACCAUCUCCGCUCAGCUGCUCACCUUCUCUCUGUCGCUGGUGAACCCGCUGAUCGUCCUCUCGCUCUCCGAGGAGUUCAGGGAGGGCUAUAGGGGGUUCUGGAGGCGCCUCACGCUGCGCCAGCAGCCUCCGCCUAAGCCAAAGCCGGGGCCCCACAACCCGACCUCCCUGAAGUCCCCCUGUCCCAGACCAGAGACUUCGGGCCAACUGAGAGGGGAGAAAAGCUUCCGAUCGAGCUCCAGCCAGGAACCCAGCAGAGAGGCUCAGUCCCAGUCGGAGCAGGGCGGCGGGAGGGAGGCAGACAGAGUGAGCCUGAAGGACGGGAUUGUGUUGCCUGACGUGGAGCAGUUCUGGCAUGAGAGGGAGACUGGGGACCACACAGACGAAAACGAUCCGGUGCCGUGGGAGCAUCAGGACAAAGAGGAGAAAAAAUGACAGCCAUUCUCCCAGAAGAUCGUCUGAGUGCUGCACCAUAAAUCUCUGGCACUCCCUCCACUGUGUUUAUGGUAUUAUUCAAAGGUAAGAAGGGCAAACCGUGUGAGUGUGGACUGUAAAUAGAGUAGCACAUCAUCCAGACCUCAAAUCAACUUUGCAAUGAUGUUUAUUUCCUUGUCUAAUUGAAAUUCAUUUCUGUGGGCUCAUUCAUGAUGGCUGUAAAUAAAAUGCUUGUUGUGAUGAUGACAGUGUAAAUUGAAUUCAGAUGAUCUAUAUAUAGAUAUAUAGUAAAGUAGAUAUCUGUGUGUUCAAUAUGCUAUAGUAAAUCAAUAUA